UACCCAGAUUCCAUGGAAAAUAAUGUUACUGAAUUUAUACUCACAGGUCUUUCCCAAAAUGAGCAAGUGCAGCAACUAUGCUUCUUUUUGUUUUUACUCUUUUAUAUGAUCCUCAUGACUGGAAAUUUUUUUAUUGUAAUGACUAUCCAAAGGAGCCCAAAUCUCAACUCUCCAAUGUACUUCUUCCUUAGCUUCCUAUCUUUUGUUGACAUCUGCUAUUCCUCUGUUACAGCCCCCAAGCUGAUUAUUGACUUCCAAGCCAAGGUCAAAAGGAUCUCCUUUGUUGGUUGUAUGGUACAGCUCUCUUGUGUCCAUCUUUUUGGUUGUACGGAGAUCUUUAUCCUCACAGUGAUGGCCUAUGACAGGUAUGUGGCCAUCUGUAAACCUCUACGUUAUACAACCAUCAUGGACUGGAAGGUCUGCUCCAUACUGGUGCUGACUUGUUGGUUAGGAGGUUUUGUGCAUUCCUUUAUCCAGACCAUUCUUACUGUACAACUGCCUUUCUGUGGCCCCAACCUGAUUGACCACUACUUCUGUGAUGUCCACCCUUUACUGAAGCUGGCUUGCACAGACACAUAUGCAGUGGGGCUCAUUGUGGUGGCCAACAGUGGCAUGAUUUCACUGAGCUGCUUUGUCAUUCUUGUGGGCUCUUACACUGUCAUCUUGCUUUCCUUCAAGACCCGCUCAUCAGAGGGGAGGCACAAGGCCUUCUCCACAUGUGCUUCCCACAUCACUGUGGUGAUCUUGUUUUUUGUCCCCUGCCUCUUCAUCUACCUAAGGCCUUCCACCACUUUUACUGAGGACAAGAUGGUGGCUGUGUUUUACACCAUCAUCACACCCAUGUUGAACCCUAUGAUCUAUACCCUGAGAAACAUGGAGGUGAAAAAUGCCAUGAAGAGACUGUGGUUGGGCAGAAAUAGGAGAUACCCUGAUGUGAAGCUCAAUGGGGUUGGUACAGCCUGA